GUAAAGAGGGAAUGUCUUGGCAGAGUCUUUCCCCUCAUUUAACUUUUUGACUGUGUAAAGGGAAGUGGACUAUGUUUUUAUGUGACCUAUACGCUGCUCUGAAGCUGUGACCCUACCUACCAAGAGAAUCUGCGCUUGCACGGAGACAUUGAGGGCCAGUAGACAGAAGAGGUCGCAUCUGCCGUUGAGCACACAGCGGGUCACAGAAACGGUGGCUGACAGUAUCCGACUCAUCCUGAGCUAUACAGGUCGGAGGAAUGUUUACCAUGAUACCAUCAGAAGGAAACGGGGAGUAAACGCGUCAGCUGGAUUCACUUUCCCCCCUUUUUUCUCUAUGCCAGUUACUUUUUUUCUUUAAUUUUUAUUUUUGAUGUCGUGGACUAAGGAGCAUCCCAAAGAAACAUACUCUUCUCUCUCUAGGCUGAUCUUUGCCCUUCAUUUUCCCUCCCAUUAUCAAAAUCUUUCCGCGUAACGAACUGAUGGAUAUGUCGUGGAAAGUGGGGCUCGUGCUGGUGAUGUGCUGGAGUCUCACGAGCAGCGAAACGCACGAGCAGCGGCGGGAUACUAAGCGCACCGCGAUGCUCAAAGCGCCCGUGGAAACGUUGGACUUUGGCUUCGUGCCGUCGGUGGUGUACGAAACGCACGCUUUUUAUGAACCUGGUGCCAUCGGUAUUCUUUUCCACAUGGUCCACGCGUUUCUGUGCGUGGUUCAACCAAACCCUUUCCCCAAAGAGCUCAUUGUUAAGGUUAUCCAGCAGAACAUGGGAGGAAUCAAACUGGAGGACUACAAGAAGCCAGAGAAUGUUGUAUUAUUGCUUCAGGCUAUCUACUAUGAGCUUGGCUUCAUAGUCCUGACAAUUCUGGGGGUGUUGUUUGUGUUGCUGAUGCCGAUGGUGGGUCUGUGUUUCUGUGUGUGCCGCUGCUUUGAGAACUGUGGGGGUGAAAUGCAUCAGAGACAGAAGAAGAAUGCUGACUGCCAACGAGGCUUCUACAUGGCCACACUCAUAGCUACCUCCAUCUUCCUCAGUGUGGGAGUGGUGAUCGCAUACGCAGCAAACCAAAACAUCACAUCUCAAAUCAAGAGUAUGAGACGUCUCGUCAGCACCAACAUAAGAGAUUUGAAAUCAUUUGCCAACUACACACCAGCGCAAAUAGACUACCUUGCCGCACAGUACGCAACAGCCAAGAACAAAGUACUAUCAGACUUAGACAAUAUCGGGCCUCUGCUGGGAGGACGGGUUCAUAACCAGUUGGAGAGAGAGGUUGUUCCAGCUUUAGACAAUGCUCUUCGCUUGACAGGAGCCAUGCGAGAGACUAAAGAAGCACUGGAGAGUGUGAUUACAUCACUGGAAACCCUCCAAGAUGGGGCAGGCAAACUCCAGAACUCUCUCCAGUCUGAACGUGCCUCUCUCUCAAACACACUCAAUGACCCCGCCUGCUCUAAUGGAGACGUAACACACACCUGCAACACCAUCCGCGGAACACUCAGCCAGCUUGCUCUCAGCGCAAACUUUAAUGGGUUGCCUGACGUUGGGGACCAACUGGCCAACCUGGAUGCAGUGCUUAAAACAGACCUCAGCAAUAUUGUACAGAAGGGCUACUCUUCCUUCAACGACACACCAAGGUUGGUCAGCGAACAGACAAAAGAAAUUGUGUCAGCUCUACCCAGAGUGAAAAGUCUUCUGGAUAAGUCAGGUGGAGAGAUAAUUGGUUUCACGAAGAUGUUCCCUGUGGAACCAGCACUUGAGAACUUCACAAAGUUUCUGACUGAGAGCCAGAAGAACAUUGAAGCGUUCUACCCCCAGAUUGACCAGAUGGACUUCUACAGAUGGAUAGGGUGUGUGGUGAUUUGCUGUACGGUCAUGCUGAUUUUGGCCUUUAAUUUCCUGGGGCUGUUGUGUGGAUCAUGCGGCUAUGAUAAAAAUGCCACACCCACCACUCGUGGCUGUCUGUCUAACACUGGAGGAAACCUGCUGAUGGCAUCUGUUGGCUUCAGCUUCAUCUUCUCCUGGGUGCUCAUGGGGGUUGUAGUCACCACGUUUAUUGUCGGAGGGAAUGUUGAGAAGCUUCUGUGUGAGCCGCUUGCUAAUAGACAGCUGUAUAAGAUCAUUGACACACCAUAUAUGGUCCAUCCUGCCAAAAAAAACUUCCUACCUGGCAUGCUAUUUCAAGAUCCAAACAUUGACCUUACUGUCGGCAGUAUGUACCGAGAUUGUUAUGAGAAUCAUGGCUUAUAUUCAGCGCUACAACUGGAGACCAAGUUCAACUUCAACAGGUUCCUCAAUGUCACAGUGUAUAACCAAGAAUUGGCCAAGAUAUUUAAUAGUGUGAGUGUGGAUCUCCAAGGAAUAAUUCUUCUGGAACAUGAGGGCAAAGAUAACCUCAUCGACUUCGCCAACACAGGCAUUGGAGAAAUUGACUAUCAGGCUUAUUUAUCAGAGGUAAAUAAAGGAGUGACCGUUGUGGAUCUUCUGUCCUAUGCUAAUGACCUUGAGGCUCAAGCAGACCAGCUGCCACGUGGAGCUCUUGAAAAUGCACUCAAGGGUCAUGCCAGCAGCAUCAGACAAAUCCACAAAGAACAAGUGGUGCCAAUGGAGCAGGCUAUGAGCACCCUAGGUCAGAGCAUCAGACUACUUCAGAAAUCAUCCAAAGAACUUCCUAUUAAAGUGACAAAUGUCCUGAGUGCCAUUGAGGCAGCAGAGUAUCUCAUCUCCAACAAUGCCUCACAUGUGGUCAAACAGGAGACUGAUAAAUUCAUUAAGAGCUUUGCAGGAUAUUUUACACAAUACACAGAGUGGGUCAAACACUCGCUGUAUAUGGAAGUCGCCCAGUGCAAACCCAUCAGCAAUAUCGUGGACUCUCUGGAGAUCGUAGCCUGCAGCUUUAUAGUUGACUCAGUGAACACAUUCUGGUUUGGUCUGGGAGGAUGCUGUCUGUUCCUCUUCCCCAGCAUCAUUCUGUCAGUAAAACUCGCCAAAUUCUAUCGCAGAAUGGACACUGAGGAUGUCUAUGAUGAUGGUGCAGAGAACUGGAGCUAAAGAGAGUUUAGCAAGCCAGGAGAUCAUCUGUGAUAUUUCGGAUUCCAAAAAGUGAAUGAAAAAUGAAGAAAGGAAAAAAGGGAAUAUAAUCAGUGAAAAUAACAUUAGAAAGAGUUAACUCCAGUUUCUUACUAUAGAACAUUCUCAGACCUGAACUGAAGAAUCGCAGGUAUGUAAAUGCUACAUACAGUUCAUCAUACAUGGUAAACAGCAAUUAAUUAUUUUUUACACUUUCAAAAAGUUUUUAAAUUUUUCUUUAUAUUUUGUUAAUACCCGUUUUAUAAAACAUGUCCUUUAGUGAUCAUUUUUGGUUUUUGGUGAACUUUUUAGAUUUUAAGAAGAAAUUAAAGGUGUAAGAAAGGUCUGUGAUGUCAGUCUGUGCACUGUGAUAUUGUCUUGAUGGUUCUUGUUUGUAGAAUCAAUCCAAGAAAAUGUAUGGUGUUUCUGAACCAAACAACCCAUGUUUGUUCAUUUAGAUCAAAAGAUGGUCAAAGCAAAUUUCAGAGCAUUUACAGUAGAAAAGUAUGUCAUUAACUCUAAGGUACCUUUUCAUUUCUUGUGUAAAAUGUUACUUUAUCUACAUUUUGUUGUUCAAUUAAUGAAUUAAGUAUUUAAUGAUUAGUUUAAAAAAAAAAAAAAUCUUAGUAAAACACAAAAAGGUUUGAGCAAUAAAACAUCUCUUUGUAUAUUAAAUGCACUGGAAAAUGGCUUAGUGACUUUGUAGACAAAUUAACUGAAGCCAAAGUCCUAAAAUACUGUUUCAUCAUAAAUGUUUGAAAUGUCAGCACCUUUGAUACAUUGAAAAACUGAGCUGGAAUAAUUCCUUUUACACCACUAAAACCAAAUGAUAGAUUCUACAAUUAAUGUUAAGCAAAAAGGUUUGUUUAUUUUUGUUUUCUUCCUGUUGUAUUCUUUUGAGUGUCUUACUGUAUUUGAUUAUAUUCUUUUUGUGUCCACAUCAAUACAAUAAACUGAAAAUCUAUUUUAAUAUGUCCAGCUGGCAGUGUAAAGGUUCUGUAAUCAUUCCUAAAAUGCACAUUUCAGUACAGAACAGUGGUCAUACAGUAUAGUACCACAUAGAGGCUCUCAAUCUUUUGUACAAACCAAGUUUUUUCUUAUAUUCCAAAAAUUAUAUUUGUGAAUGAGAUUCAAUGGAAUGAACUGUGAUGUUCUAAAUCUGUUACAUAAUAUCAAAAAUUCUAUUAAAUCAAAACUUCUCUCUCUCUUUCUCAUGGCCUGCAGUGUGGCACUGUAUGUGGUACAGAUCUCCAAGGUCUUGUUGUCACCUAUGUUUUGAGACUCCAGGCAUUUGUACUGAGUGUUUUGGAUUUCACAGUAUGUGAUACAGUAUGACAGGUUCACAUGGAAUUCCACUUGAACAUGGAGGAUGUGUGACAGUUACAAUAAAAAAAAUC